CGAUAAAAGGGUCUUUUUCGUGGAGCCUACGAAUCUGAACGCGAAUUUCCAAAGUCCGAAGGAUGCCGCCUACACAGUCAGCAGGCUGACUGACCACUAUCCACCAAUGACGGCACGAGCCACGCAGGAGCUGGCGUCACCCACUCCACUUCCCGCUGAAAGAAGAUCACUUAUCUCCAUACCCCCUCGACAUAUUGUUCACCACGUUAUUGAGUCUCCUCCUAUCAUCGACUUUAAGGAGAGAAGCAUCGCCUUGCUUCUGACUUGCAUUUUUUGCGUCAAUCUUGAUUUCCUUCCAUCACCAUGUUUGUGCGCUCCGUCUUGCUGGGUGGCGCCGCCGCUCUUAGCGCCAGCGCGAUGCUGGUCGUCCCCGAGAUGGAACCUAAAGUCGAUAUUAUUGAAGAUGGAUUUGUGAACGUCCACCCGAUGCUUUUGGAGGAUGUUCAUCAUGCGAUUGUUGACCUCCCCUGCUCUGAAUGUCCUCUGCGUGAAACCAACAGCGAAGGCGUUGUUAGCUGGACGGAGGGCAAACCAUCAUCUUUGACCCUUGAUUUCUCGAUUGAAGACAACCUCCUGCUGGCCAACGGCCGCCAAAUAUUCCCGCCGGCCCCGCCCAUUCCAAUUCUUGCUGUGCAACAAAAUGAAGAGGGAGAGGACUCCGCCCCCAUGCCUGUUGGAUAUGCGCUUGAGAUCAUGCCGAUGGCCGCACCAUCUGAUGAGCCGGGAUACGAACUCCUGGAUAUUCGAUUCACUGUUCUCGACCUGGAAAGCCACCCGGUCCCUGUCGAUACCGUUGCAAUCACCGUUCUACAGGAUCCCAACGGCGAGCUCUUCAUCGUUCGGACCGAUAUCGAGAACACUGCCCCUGCCUCCGACCGCCUGUCCUGGAAGGAGUGCCAUGGCAAGGCCAAAUGCCUGCAGGAACUUUUGGUCUCUCGCAUUCGGGGCCUCUUGGCUGGCGCCAAGGCUCGUGUGAUGGGCAUGGCCAAAGCCGGCCGCAAGAGCUGCCAUGGCAAACACAAGGGCAAGGCAAUGGGCCACCACGAAGAAGACCAUGACGGUAUGCCCUUCCCUCCCCCACCUCCUUUUGAGGGAGAGGACUCUGGCCGUGAAAAGUUUGGCCCUGGUGGUCACCAUGGCCACGCCCAUGGCUCCGCUCGCCCUCACCAUCACCACCCACACCACGGCGCUUUCGCCCGCACUUUCUCUCGCAUUGUGCACUUCAUUGUUGUCCCCGCUAUCCUGGGUGUCCUGGCUGGAUUGACUGCUAGUGCUAUUGGCAUGUUGGUCGGCCAGGCUGUGGUUUUCCUCUGGCAACGCUACCGCGGGACCACUCCUUCAGAGCACAAGGCCGCCUGGGAAGAUGGCGAGGCCUGUGAAAAGCAGGGCCUCAUGACCAUCCCUCGUCCCUCCGAGGAGGUCCUCCCUGAAUACACCGAACCUUCUGAGGUCCGAGAAUCACUCGAUAAGAACUAA